CACACAGAGACUCUGGGGAUGAUGGGAAAUGUAGUCCAUAACAUCUGGAGGGCGCGCGAGUUUGACACCUGUGCUCUAAAGCCAGCCAGGCGACACGCGCCCUGUGCAACCGUUCCUCUUCAACCGUCAACUGUGACUGGGGGGGCGGGGUCAGGAGCCUGGAAGGCAAUCCAUCACAUUUAGCAGGGCCAGCCAGGCAGAGGGGAUGGAGUAAAAGGCAGGAAGUUGAUAGAGGGAGAGCAGAGCUAGACAGAGAGGAAGUGGCGUGUGUUGUGAAUAAGGAAGAGAACAAACGCUGCAGAGGAGAAACGAUUAAGGAGACAAGUGAAAUCAAUCUGCUUCAGUUCAUCCUAAUAAUGCCUCGCAGAAAAUCAAACUUAGGUCGUCGUACUCGCAGUGCGGAAGCAACGCGACGACUAAUUGCAAAUCAAACUGAAGAAGCACGGGCAUCAAUGAAAGAACGAACCAGACAAAGAAUGGCUCAAUUACGUGCCGAGGAAUCAGCAGAGCGACGUGCAGCCAGACUUGAGGAUGCACGGUUGCGAGCGCGGCAAUUGCGUUCUGCAGCUUCAGCGAAACUGGCUCGCAGUUUUGCCAGAGUUGCCAUGGGGGACCUGGGACUGGGCCAGGAGUUCCAUACCUGGCACCAGUUCAGCACGUUCAUUGACGACUGGUGCGAAAAGCACAAGGUGAUCUUCAUUGUCGCCAGUCUGAAGCCGCUGGUCUCCCUGCACCAGAACUCGCUGCACCAUCAGCCAAGCCUGGCUGAGAUCCUCCGCUUCCGUUUUGUGCGCCUCAUCUGCAAGUACAGCGGGACCUACGUGGGGCAGAGCACGGUGCAGAAGCGCCGCAGUAGUGAGAAAAUCGACUGUCCAGCCUCCAUCACACUACGCCUAGGGCCAAAGAAGGACCGCCUGGUGGUGAUUGAAGCCAACCUGGAGCACAACCACCAUCUGUCUGAACUGGAGUUUGCCCUCCACUUCAAGCGGUACCAGCUGAGAGCGAGCUUGGGGCUGCCCAUUCGCAUCACCAACAGCAUUUCCAAGCGCUUCCUGGCACCGGAUCUUAUCUGGAACCUGGAGGAUUAUAGCAAAGCCAAAGACAAGGGCAUGUGUGAGCUCUUGGCUGUUCUAGACGGACUCUUUAAGGCAGAUGCGGGCCCCAAAGUCAAACUGGUGUUUCAGGAGGAUGUGGCUAUCCUCAACAGCAUCUUCCUGGCCACCUCGCGCAUGUGUGAACUGGUGCAGCGCUUCCCAGCCCGCCUUUUUCUAGAGCGCGCUGCCUGCCUCGAUGCAGACUUUGAGCUCUACACGGUGCUGUGCCAGGACGCUAACGGGCGUGGGCGGGAGGUAGCCUAUUGUCUGGCACGCCAGGGACUGCCCGACCUUCUGAUAUUCAUUGUAGCUUCAUUGGUGCAGAGUGCCCCAGACAUCAAGCUGCAGGUGAAGGUGGUUACAGUCGGGGCUGGUGUGACAGGCCUUGAUGCGGUGGAGGAGGUGCUGCCAUGUGCCCGGGUGCAGAUUUGUCGCCUUCAGGUCUUGGAGGUGCUCUACCGCAAGGCCUGUGAACUGGCUGUCCCCAAGGAAGACCAAAUACGCAACCUGCUGCUCAACCUGGCCAAUGCUGAUUCGCCGCUGGUCUAUACCCAGUACCUGAGCGACCUAGGAGAUGUGGCUCCGCUUUCCUUUAUGCAGUACUUCCUGGAGCGCUGGCACUCCCACAAGGGUAUGUGGGUAGAGUGCUGGGCCUUUGAGAAGAACCAAGAAUGCCCCUUCCUCGACCACCUUAGCAUGCACCGUCGCAAGCUGCUGACCACACUCAGUCCUCCAAUGCCACUGGCGGCCUGUGUACAGGGUCUGUUGGAUCUCCAAGCCCUACACGUGGAGACCUCAACACUAAAUGUGGCACCAGUGGUUGAACUGUACCGGACCAUCUGCCUGCCUGACAAUGCUGACCUAGUAGCUGAAGAACUAGAUCUUGUGCCCCAUGCACAUUAUGAUCUCAGGGACACUCCCGAUGGGUACCUCCUGGAGGGGGGUACCUGCUCUUUCCUGGUGAGCCCAGACCUGGCCACUUGCAGUUGUUCUAUUUAUAUGGCUCGGCAGCUGCCAUGCCGGCACAUCUUUGCUGCACGCCUUUGGGUAGGGGAGCCCCUCUUUGACCCCAGCCUGCUGCCCGGCUUACCAGAUGGACAUAAAAACAGCAUAGGCCAGCCGGAAUGCUAACCACGGUACCUGUUAGACCCCUGUUAAAGACUGAUGACAGCUCAAGACAAGUGCUGUAUGUGUCAUAUAACCACCUCAAAGAAUGGUCAGUCAGAGAGAUACCAUUUCAGUACACUGCUAAACUAGGAUGGUCCAGUCAGGGAUAGUACCAUUAUAAGAACAGGCUGGUAUUGUUCACCUGUGUGCACAAGUGGCUGCUAAGGAAAUAUCACAUUAUUACUACCAAGGUUGUCAUGACCCACUCCGGUUAUACUGGCACUGAUAAAAGGGAACAGGAGCAGGUUCAGUGCAAAAAGGAGGCCUAAUUUGCUCAAAUCUCUAGGACUCCGUUGAAGCUUCAUGAUCUAGUUUAGCAUCCUGUCCCACACAAUGGCCAUCCAGUUCCUCCAUGGUUCAACAAGGCAAAAAAGCCUUCUGUUGUUGUUGUCUCCUGGCUCUGUGAUUCAGAAUUUGCCUCUUAGUCAUCAUGGCUAGUAGCCACUGAUAGACCUAUUUUCCAUAAAUCUUUCUAAGCGUUAUCUUCUGGUUAAUUUUACUUAAUUCCCCUCGUUUUGGUUGAAGUGGGUUAGCUAACUUCAAUGUAAAAGGUUGUUUACUUUCCAGUCUCCUGAGUUAUUGCCAUGAAUGCCACAUCCCGACAGUAGAAGGCUGAGACUUUAGUGAGACUCUUUUUAAUUGGUUCCACUUGUCUUGGUUAAUAGACUUUGACCAUAUGCAACUGUACCGGUCUCUAUGAUACCACCAUACUAUGAUGUAAGACUUCCUAUAGUUGCCUAAACUGUAUUUUGAUUCUUUGGACACCCUUGAGAGCACGAGUCCAUUGGAUUGUUCUCUGUACAGACAAUAAACCUAUAUUUUUCCUUA